AUGCCCAUGAUGAACCACGGUAAAGAUUUUCUCAGCUGGGUUGACCCUGAUACGUCUCUCAAAAUUUUCAAGUGUCUAGAUGAUCCAGCAGAUCUAGUCCGUGUCAGCUGCGUGUCACGAUCUUGGAGAGGCUUUGUGGUUGCAAACGGCCUUUCUAAGCAGUUGUGCUUGAGAAUGUUUCCUCAAUUAUCUAGAGUUGCCUGUGUUGUUGAACUAAACCAGGACGGAGUGAAGGAACACACAGAGGUUGGAUCUAGCCAUUCUAAUGAAUGUCUAGCUCUAUGGAAAGAUCAUAGAGUCUAUAGUUAUCUUGCUAGAUCCUGCUUAUCACCUGUUGCUACAGAUUGCAUAGCUACGGCAAUCAGUGCUUCUAGCACUGAUAAUUUCCCUCAGGAGAGUAUUGAUAAUACUCUAGAUGAAAGAGACAACAUUUCUGGUAGAUUUUCCUAUUGGUCGAGUAGCGGACAAAGCAAUCCCAAUGUGCCUGAGACAUUAACAUACCAGUUAGCUUCUCAAAUAUGUGUUAUUACAGAAAUUAAUAUUCAGCCUUUCCAAGCUCACUUUCAGAUGGGGUCACCAAUAUAUUCAGCAAAAUCUGUUAGGUUUAAAAUGGGUCAUCUUAAAGCCUCUUUAGAUGAUUUAAGUGAUGUGUUUGUUUGGACCUAUACAUCACCAGAGUUUCCAAUGGCUCAGGAAAACCGGCUACAGAAGUUCAAGCUUCCAGAACCUGUUCUAUGUAUUGGUGGUAUCUUGCAGAUUGAGCUUUUGGAAAGGGUGCAGAGCCAAGAAAUGGAUGGCUUACUAUACAUUUGUAUUACUCAUGUUCAAGCUCUAGGGAUUAAGUUGUCACCAGCAUUUUCUGUUGAUAUUCUUGGGCCCUCUGGGAAGUUUGUGUUGAAGAGAGACCACAUGACUAACAACAGUCAACCCCCAGUGACAUCUGAAAAUGAGACUGGAGCAGCAUUAACUGAUAGAGAUUUCCAACAGAUUGUGACUAUAUUGCGGGGACAUGUAAUGGAAGUAGGAGCCGGGGAUGGUUGGGAAGAGAUGGAAUAUGAAGUUGAUGAUAUUGAUGAAGAUAAUGCCUUCUGA